UCAAAUUGUUUUCAAUUUCAUCUGUGCAUCUUGAAGUUUUUGUGAGAUGUUUUUGGUGAUUUGGAAUUCGUGAAUCGUGACAAGCUUUAGAAUUAAUUGUUCCUAUUCUAAUCUAGUGCUCAACAUCAUUUUACACACAGAUUUUUAAAUAAAUUCACAAUGGCCAAUUUAAAAUCGGAUUUGGACGAAUAUUUAUUACAAAAUGACAAAAGUCGAAGUUACAAGUUUAGUUUGCCUAGUUUUUCUACUCCGAGUUUUAUGUCGCGAAGUAGCGAACAAACUCCAAGUAGCACCAACGAAAGUUGGUUUCAAGAAGUUCAAAAAGAAUAUUGCACUUUGACUCGUACACAAAGAUUUAUGGCAUUUGGAGCAUGUGUUUUUCUUGGAAUAGUGUGUUUUAUAUUAUCAUUUGCCUUAAUACCAGUUUUGAUAUUGCAAGCGAGGAAAUUCUCUCUGCUAUUUACAUUGGGGAGCUUGUUUUUCAUACUUAGCUUUAGCUUCCUAUACGGACCAUGGGCUCACCUGCAGUCAAUGUUUUCAAAAGAGCGAGCUCUCUCAACGGUACUGUACAGCGUAACAUUGAUAGCGACGCUCUACUGCGCACUGCACCUCCAGAGUACCAUCCUGACAGUGCUGUCCGCCGUGGCGCAGGUGGUAGCACUCCUAUGGAUGAUGAUGGACGCCAUCCCCGGUGGAGCGUUGGGGACGAGGUUCUUCGGAAGCAUGUUCAAGUCAUCAGUAUCGAAUACACUACCUAUAUAACGAUUAUUUCAUUAUAAACUUAUGUUUAGGACAGUGCAGUGCGAUAUUUGUGGAGGUUUUUGGUAAAUUAUAAGUUACCUUUAAUUUUGUUAUGACAUAGUUUACUUGCCGAAUUUCCUUACUCUAUACUAUUAAUCUACAACUGUACAGAAUGUAAAUUUAGUUUUAAUAAAUGAUUAUUCUUAAGUUGGGACAGACUAGUAAUCUAAUAUGUUAAAUUGCAUCAUUGAUUUUGUUACUACAUGUUUUUUUUUUGAUGGGUGAAAAUGGUAUGGUAACCCCGCCUGCGCUAACGGGAUACGCUGGCGGAGCACCAGUGUAGGGUGAUCGAUGAGAAUGAAAACAGGCCAGUUAGCCCAUCAUGAUGAAUUCAUCAGGAAUUAACCAUGAUAGUUUCCAGGGAAUACCGCGAGGAUGUCGAUCUGGUUGGGUAUAUUGCUAGCAAUGGGAAUCUGUCUCCAUUACUAACAAUCCCUUUCCCCCCUGUUACUACAUGUUUGACUAAUUAUUUGUUCAUUGCUCAUUAGACUUCAUUACUUUUGACAUAUUUUCCAAUGUAUAUAAAUAUGUACCUAUCAAGUAUUUUGUCACUGUAUAAACAAUAAGUACCUGGUAAAACUGAUCUGUCUCUAUCUCUCUGUAUGUUGACAAAUUUUUGCAAAUUUUUAUGUAAGAAAUGAUAAGUUACCGUCACCUUCAUACUGAUAUGAACAUUAGACUACAUCCCUUGUUUCUUUAUACAUUGAGAAUUCAUCUGUUAUUCCAUUAUUUCAUCAUAUCACCCAUUAACUGUCCACUGCUGAUGAUAGGCCUCUCUCUAUUGGAGGGUUUUGCCAGUAGUUGCCACGCUUGGCAGGCGGAUUGGCAACCGCAGUCAGGCUUUCGAGAUGUUUUAAAAGGGACGCUACUGUCCAUCCCUCGCCCUCCUUAGUCGCCUCUUACGACACCCACGAGAAAGGAAGGAGUGGCCUAUUCUAUGCCGGGACACGGCCAAAUGACAGACUGAUACAUAUCUUAGUCUAAUCUAUCCAAACUAUCAGUGCCUUAAAAUAAGUAAUCAAGUAAGACAUAUGAGCAGUGAACCAUAACCUGUACGGACAACGGACAAUUCUUUGUGUAUAUUUUUGAGUCAUUCCUGCGCGGACAAAAAGUCCCUCGUUUGCGCUGGUAUUGAAAAUGUCCUUUAAUUAUGCAUUUAGAUAAUAAAUUUAUGUAAUACAUUGUGAUUUAUCAAAUGUAACUAAAUAUCUCUUUUGAUUUACGUUGAAAUUAUAUUUACCACAGAUAUGGAUUUAUAUAGAUGCCAUAACUGCAUAUAUCUCAUUAGUAUGGUAAAAUUUGGUCCUAUAUUAAGCGCCAGAAGAACCUAAUUGACUGCAGCAAAAUUAUAACAGUUCCUAAACAUAGUUUACGCUGAAAAAGUUAAAAAAAUUUACAAAACAGUAUUAUAGAUGGUAUUUUCGGGAGGAUUUAGUGUAGUAUUUUUAGUAUUAGUAAAUGUUUUUUUUACCGUCAAGUAGUAGUAAUUAAAUAGUGACAUGUUUGGUUUUCAUAUAAAAUGAGAUACUUGCGACAUCUAUAUCUACGUAUAUCUGUGUAUUUUGUAUAUAAAAUAAUUGUAUAAAGCUCAAGGUUGUAAUAAAAUAUAAAUGUAAUAAAUUAUAAAGAUUAU